AUGCCAUUUGGUCUUCGAAAUGCUGCCCAAACAUUUAAGAGGUUCAUUGACCGAGUCCUACGUGGUCUCCCGUUUGUGUACACCUACAUCGAUGACCUCUUGGUGGCCAGUCGAAAUGCCGAGGAACACAAAGACCAUCUUGCCUUAGUGUUUGACCGCCUCGAUCAUUUUGGCGUGGUCAUUAACCCUUCGAAGUGUGUUCUGGGUGUGCCGUCACUUGAUUUUCUUGGUCGCCAUGUCGAUGCACAAGGUUUGCGUCCCCUCUAUUACAAGGUUGAGGCCAUUCGUGACUUUCCUCCUCCAACCUCCAAGCGUCAGUUGCAACGUUUCCUUGGCAUGGUAAACUUUUAUCGCCGGUUCCUACCUAACUGUGCCUACCUUAUGCUGACACUCACCAACUUGCUCUCUGGUCCCAAUGAUCCCGUUGAGUUACGUGGCCACGCGCUGACUGAAUUUGAGAGAAUAAAGAUCUCCCUUGCUGAUGUUACCUUGCUCACUCAUAUUGCUCCAGAAGCCCCAUUGUCCCUGAUGGUUGAUGCUUCGACCGUUGCCGUUGGAGCAGUCCUCCAACAGCAUAUCAACAACACGAAACGACCGUUGGCAUUCUUCUCCUAG